AUGGAAGCAGCAGCAACCACAUCUUCCUCCAAAGUCAUAGUACAAUGCACAGAUCCAUUCAACGUUAUCGAUGCGUUCCGAGAGAGUUUCGAGCCUCGCACGCCCCUCAAGAAUCUGCACUGGAAGUCGCCCUCACGACCCUUGCGAUCGAUACCGUCCUUGAACGUCAGUCUAUCUCGCAACGAUGCGGCUCAAAAUGGCGCGCAGUUGAAUGCUCGUCGGCAUCAGAUCCCCGGCCUGAGGGAGACGCCCUACGUCAAGCUGUACCUACUGCGCUGCGAUGACAAGGAGACGUACAAGGAGACGGCACGGAAAGAGAUCAAGCAAUGGAUCCGAGAGAACACAUUCGAGAAGGAGUCCAAGAGUGUCCUGAAGAAUCAGGAGCACCACGAUGCCUUUGAGUGGAUGAUCGUUCAUGUCGUCUUCCCAGGUACACAGGCCUCCAGUCAACCGCAGUCGUCAAAGCACAUCUCCCUUAACGACACCGAGAGCACAGACAGUGUGAACAGCAAGUCCAAAUGGACAGGGAAGGCGUCUUCGACGAUUCAUGACAAACUCCGCGCCGACUUCAGCAGCUCCAAGCUGCCCAUACCCCGUGUUGCCCAGGUCAGACUACUUGACCCAGCCAAACCACCGGGUGCUCUUGGUCCGACCGACAUCGAGGAACAAUGGCGCGACUUUGUGGACAAUCUGAAGGCCAGCAUACUGAAGUCGUUCGAUACUCGUGUCGCACAGUAUGAGGAGGACAUCAGGGAGCGAGAAGCUCAACGAAGUCUACCUGGCUGGAACUUCUGUACGUUCUUCAUUCUGAAGGAAGGGUUGGCAAGAGGCUUCGAGAAUGUCGGUCUCCUCGAGGACGCCUUAGCUGUCUAUGCAGAGCUGGAGGUCGGACUCGAUGCGGUAGUUCAGCAAUCUCGUGCGCCGAGCGAAAACGAUGUGGGAGGUGCAUUGCUGCCUUACUCGCAGCAUCUCAAGCCUCUCAUUCGCAAAGCGCUGGAUGAGGAAGUCGACGAUAUGAGCGGAGAGACGUCAACAUUGCAACUCGAUGAAUUGCUUGCACAAGGCCGUAGCACCUCGCCUUUCGAGCCCGGAAGCCGCCAUUACCGCGACAUGAUCCUUGCCAACGAUGUGUCCCCUCUCGAUAUUAGAACGUACAUCUUUACUCGCCAGAUGGAAAUCCUUCUGCGUCGUGCCAAAUCUGCGAACUUCGGCGCGAAGACACCCGCAAUCGAUCUUGAAAUCAUGGCGGACCUAGCGGACCUAGGAUUGGACUUCAUCAAUCUGGCUUCUCGAGAGUUGCACAUGGAUGUUCAGGCUGCAUGGGGAGGCCGAUUGUCUGGCGAGGAAAGAGCCACCCAAAAAGUCGUCAUCGGGAACGUAGUAGCAUCCUGGACGUGGGCAGCCACUGUCCAGAUUCUACAUCUAUUGCUGCCUCACUUGGACGUCGAUUUGACCCAUCUCGAAGAAUUCAACGUCUUGGAAGAGGACCGACAGCUUUCGAAGCCGCAGAAAUCGCACAAGCCUAAUGGCUCAGUGCCUUCAUCCCGAGGAGCAAGUCCAGUCCGCGGCUUGCGUCCAGAAUCCCUUUCCUCGAGUGUCUCUCUGCAGCAGACUGCGGAACACCAAAGCCGAACGACCAAACAACUAAGACGGCCUGGCCUCGAUCGACUGUGUUCUACAAUUGCAAAGCUGUUUUUGUUGCUACGCAAAACAGUUGAGAACUUACUGGCUACGUCAGAAUGGGUGGAAGCGAUUCGGAGGACUCCUCCCACCGACCGUGGCGACAGCAACCGGAUCCAUAUGCACCGCCUGUCUUCCGGGCUCAAUUUACCGAUAACGAAUGGAGACGACUCACACUCGCAUCUACCUGACGCUGUCCUACGCUAUCGCCUACGUGCCCUGACACCAGAGUAUCUGAAGAAGGCUACAUCAUCCCAGGAUGCAUUCCAUUCACUAUAUCGGCUUCUGUCGACAGCCAUGCAUCAUCUCUAUUUCGAAGCCAACAGCAAGCAUUCGGCCCGACAAGUCUUGAUUGAUCUGGCAAUGCUGGCUUUUGCGCAGCAUGAUCUCGCCUUCACUCGUCAGUGUCUUAGUAAUGUCCUCGAAGACGACUCCGAUGAGCCCCUAAUAAGUAGUCAGCCGCAAGUCAUAUCGAUCUAUGCCGAGUGCUUGCGUGCGGAGGAGCGCACAGAUGACCUGGCAAGAUGCUUGAUUGAGCUGAUGAAUUCGCCGCUUGCGAGUCGCUCGGCAAAGCUGGCACAGCAAUACUGUGAGGAGCUGUUGAGCCUGGCUUCCCAUGUGUCGCCAACAAACAUUUCAUUAGACACUCUCGUCAAAGUGGUCAGCGUCGAUCGCAAUAUCAGCCAUACAUCUGCUGCCGGUGGUUUUACGUGGUCUCUGACACUACUCAGCGCUGUGCCAGGCGAGCUCAAAGCAGACUCUGUGUCGGUUUCUUUCAAGUCUGCAAAUCAUUCCGAGCCACUUGAGCUCGUCGCCAAGACUGAGGAUACAAUUGUGCUGAAUUCGAGUCCAGUCACGUUAAAUCUGCAGAGCAAUACACUGGCUACGGGCUGGUUCAACGCGGCUGAGUUGGAGGUACAGAUUGGUAAGAUCCAUUUGACACGCAACUUCGCGCACUCCGAAUCGGCAAGAUCAGUGACGAGCUACAAGCCUAUGCUGGUCGCAUCGGAUGCCAAACCACUUCUGGUCUACCCUGGACGGGACGCGCCGAAGUUGUCGGUCUCGCAGUCAAAUGUGAUAGAUCUCGAGCAUCAUGCCAGAGCCUUGCAUCUAGAUAUACAGACGAGAGACUUCGAACUUGACGAUUAUCGGCUUCACGUUCGACCUGCCACGGCUGGGCUGAGAUUGAAGCUGCUGGACGCCAAAGUUGUUUCGGGCACAGAAGGCGAUGCACUCAAAGUCCAGCACGACCAUGCGGGAACUGUACUUAAACUUGGCAGGCUACCCUCAAGCACUAUCGUCCAAAUUGAAAUACCAUACAGCCUCGAGAACCAGACAGAGUCCACCGUAUUGUUGAAGUGUGUGAUGGACUAUCGUCAGGGCGAAGACAGCUUCAGUAUCUAUCACUCUUGUUCAGCUCAAGUUCUGCUGCCUUUAGCUGUCAGUGUGCAAGAUAUUCAUCGCAGCGGGUACCGAUACUCGACGUUUCUCAUCGCGACUGCAACACCUUCUCCUCUUGUUCUUGUCAACUGUCAAAUUGAUGGGAGCGCGGGCGUGGCAGCGCGAAGCUCGGCCGAGGCGAUGAAAGGUAUCACAGUCUUCAAUCAACAGCCGGCACGAUGGCUCGUGCACUCGGAGGAGACAGAUGCGCAUGCUUCCACGAAACCAAGCCUGAAGUUGGCUAUUUCCUAUUAUCGCAUUGAUGAGGUAGCGCUGGCCUGCCUGGAAAGGUCCUUCCGAGCCAGCGCUCAAGCGGCAGGCUUUGAAGCUGUGGCAGAUCUGCUUGUCGACCACAUCAUCGCAACAUAUCGCCAAAUAUGGAUUGAAAACGAGCUGGAAGUAAUCAGUCUGACGCGUGAGAUUGCCAAAAAGCCAAAGACCGAGCUCGAUUGGCAGCAGAUUCUACCUGCCUUCCCUCGGCAAUUGCGUCACAGCAUAGACGAAUGGCUGACCGGAUGGCAUUCCGAUGGUCAAGUCAUACCCAUGGACCUGGACAAUGGCCCAGUGCGAGAGCUGCGGCUGAAAGCUGACGUUCAACCACCGCCGCCGCUCGUCACCACCACCUUGGACAUCCACCUGCCGGUCACGCAAGCAACGGCUGUACUUGGCCAUCCAUUGUUGUGCACGUUGUCAAUAGCCGUUCCAAGGAUCCCGUUAACCGACCGAGCACAGCUUACAUACGAGCUCUUCGCACAGUCCGACACGUGGCUUAUUGGAGGGCGCAAGAAGGGUACUAUACACUGCACUGGCGAAGCUGUCGAGGAGUCGCAAAGCAUCACGCUAUUCCCACAACGAAGCGGCAGACUUCUGGUGCCAAGUAUCGAGGUACGAAUUCGAAAGGGGGACGAGAAUGGUGCCCAUGGCGGGCAGGAAGGUGCCGAGAUCGCUAUCGAAGUACACAACCGGUCGAUCUCGACGAGUGUCCAUGUCACUCCAGGACUACGAUCUUCGACGAUUGGGCUCAUGGCGACAAGCGCGACGGGAGGCAGUGGAGACGGAGCCCCAGCCGCGACCGCUUUACUUCUGCAAAGUCAGAUGCGAUGA